UCCUGCAAAAACUCCUCAAGCAAUUUCUUGAUAUGUAUGUAUGUUAUCGUGUAGCAUCAACCAGAAGGACGCACGUCUCUUUCCUUGACCCAUGGAUGGCCCAAAAGGGUGCCCCCUUACCAAAACACCUGCCCAAGGGCGCUUCACACCUUUGACAUUUGUAGACCCCACAGUUGUUUAAAUUUCGCUGUGAUAGGGAUAUCCUAGUCAUUAGCACUUUUGAUUUUAUCAAUAACGACCCUUUGGAACUUCCAAGAGUCGAAAAGGACAGUCCCCACCUCACCCCACCUUACGACUACAAAAAUGAUCUUAUUUCGCCAUUUUAACCAUGACCGCCACGAUCAUCACCACCCUCAAUAAUCAAGAAUCAACUAAAUUCCUCAAUUCCAAAUUUGGCGAAAUGGCAUCUUUUUCUGUUAAAUUUUCAGCAACUUCUUCGCUGACAAGUUCUAAGAGAUUUUCCAAGCUUCAUGCCACUCCACCGCAGACAGUGGCAGUACCUCCAUCUGGGGCAGUGGAGGUAGCUGCAGAGAGACUAGAGCCUAGAGUGGAGGAAAGAGAUGGGUAUUGGGUACUUAAGGAAAAGUUCAGAAAAGGCAUAAAUCCUGCUGAAAAGGCCAAGAUUGAAAAGGAACCUAUGAAAUUGUUCACUGAAAAUGGUAUUGAAGAUAUUGCUAAGAUCUCACUUGAAGAGAUCGAAAAAUCUAAGCUUGCUAAGGAUGAUAUUGAUGUUAGGCUCAAGUGGCUUGGCCUCUUCCAUAGGAGAAAGCAUCAAUAUGGACGAUUCAUGAUGCGACUGAAGCUUCCAAAUGGGGUAACGACGAGUGCCCAAACUCGAUAUUUAGCAAGUGUGAUUAGGAAAUAUGGGAAAGAUGGAUGUGCAGAUGUGACUACAAGGCAAAAUUGGCAGAUUCGUGGGGUUGUGCUACCUGAUGUGCCUGAGAUUCUAAAGGGACUGGAUGAAGUUGGCUUGACCAGUCUGCAAAGUGGCAUGGACAAUGUUAGAAAUCCCGUGGGGAACCCUCUGGCGGGGAUUGAUCCACAAGAAAUUGUGGACACAAGGCCUUACGCUAAUUUGCUAUCCCAAUAUGUCACUGCCAAUUUUCGUGGCAAUCUGUCCGUGACUAACUUGCCAAGGAAGUGGAAUGUAUGUGUAAUAGGGUCACACGAUCUUUAUGAGCAUCCCCAUAUCAAUGAUCUUGCCUAUAUGCCUGCAACGAAAGAUGGACGAUUUGGAUUCAACCUGCUUGUGGGUGGAUUCUUCAGUCCGAAGCGAUGUGCAGAGGCAAUUCCUCUUGAUGCAUGGGUUCCAGCUGAUGAUGUAGUCCCUGUUUGCAAAACAAUAUUAGAAGCUUAUAGAGAUCUUGGUACCAGAGGGAACAGGCAGAAAACAAGAAUGAUGUGGUUAAUUGACGAACUGGGUGUUGAAGGAUUCAGGGCAGAAGUUGUGAAGAGAAUGCCUCAAAAGAAGCUAGAGAGAGAAUCCACAGAGGAUUUGGUGCAGAAACAAUGGGAAAGGAGAGAGUAUCUUGGGGUUAAUCCACAGAAACAGGAAGGUUACAGCUUUGUUGGUCUUCACAUUCCAGUGGGUCGUGUCCAAGCAGAUGACAUGGAUGAGCUUGCUCGUUUAGCAGAAGAGUAUGGUUCAGGAGAGCUCCGGCUGACUGUUGAGCAAAACAUCAUUAUUCCGAACAUUGAGAACUCAAAGAUUGAUGCAUUGCUCAAUGAACCUCUUCUGAAAAACAGAUUUUCACCCGAUCCACCUAUUCUCAUGAGAAAUUUGGUGGCUUGUACUGGUAACCAAUUCUGUGGGCAAGCCAUAAUCGAGACUAAAGCACGUUCAAUGAAGAUAACUGAGGAGGUUCAACGGCUAGUCUCUGUGACUCAGCCCGUGAGGAUGCACUGGACUGGUUGCCCAAAUUCAUGUGGACAAGUUCAAGUUGCAGAUAUCGGAUUUAUGGGAUGCCUGACAAGAAAGGAAGGAAAGACAGUGGAAGGCGCUGAUGUUUUCUUGGGUGGCAGAAUAGGGAGUGACUCACACUUGGGAGAUAUUUAUAAGAAGUCUGUCCCCUGUGAAGAUUUGGUACCAAUAAUUGUGGACUUACUAGUUAACAACUUUGGUGCUGUUCCAAGAGAGAGAGAAGAAGCAGAAGAUUAAUCUCAACAUUUCAGAAUCAGCUCGUGGCUUUACUCAACAUAGUAAAUUGGACGUUGAUGGAAUGUGCUUACCAUAUUAAGAUAUUUCCAAGGUACAGAACUGGUGGAGCUGUUGUUGGAAGUUAGUAGAAUAAUCAGAACAUGAGCUGUUCUUGACAUGCUAUGUGUGACAUUCCACGAUGCAAAUACUUGUACUUGUUUCAGAAUAUUCACCCGGUGUAUUGUUUUGGAAAAGAGCUGAUCCAAACUAAAAGGUUUUUGAAUUGUGGGAUUCCUAAUAAUAGAUUUUUUAAAAAUGUAAUUUAAUAAUCAUACAUUUCAAUUUUUACCUAUUAUUAUAUUCUUUGUUAUACUA